AUGAACACGGAGGAGUUUCGAAAGUACGGCAAACAGAUGAUCGAUUACAUCUGCGACUAUGGGCAGACGAUUGAGACGCGGGACGUUGCUCCAACGGUGGAUCCCGGGUUUCUGCGCCAGCUACUUCCAGAUGAGGCACCGCAGAAGGGCGAAGACUUUAAGCGUAUGCUGGAUGACGUCGAGACGAAGAUCAUGCCCAACAUGGUACACUGGAAUCAUCCGCGCUUCUUUGCCUACUUCCCGGCCGGCAACUCGUACCCAUCGAUCCUGGGCGACAUGCUGAGCAGCGCAAUCGGGUCAAUUGGUUUCUCAUGGGCCUCUAGUCCGGCGGCCACCGAGCUGGAAACGAUCGUCCUCGAUUGGUACGCGAAGGCGCUCGAUCUGCCCUGCUUCUUCCGCAGCGACGCCAAGGGCAGCCGCGGGGGCGGCGUCCUGCAAGGAUCGGCGUCCGAGUGUGCCCUCGUGUGCAUGAUGGCGGCCCGAGCUCGUGCCAUCAAGGAGCUGAAGGGAAACCACCACGACGUCCACGACAGCGUCUAUCUGCCGCAGCUCGUCGCGUACGCCUCGAAGGAAGCACACUCAUCGAUCGAGAAGGCGGCCAAGAUGGCGAUCGUGAAGCUGCGCGCACUCGAUACCGACUGCCGGGGCGUCUUCCGGGGCGACACGCUACGCCAGGCGAUCCAGGAGGAUAUGGCACAGGGUUUGACCCCGUUCUUCGUCGUCGCCACCGUCGGCACGACGUCGGCCUGUGUGUUCGAUCAUCUGGUCGAGAUUGGACAGGUGUGCCGCGAGGUGCGCAGUAUCUGGUUCCACGUGGACGGGGCGUACGCGGGCAAUUCGUUCAUCCUGCCGGAAAUGCGACGCUUCAAGGAAGGUCUCGAGUACGCGGACUCGUUCAACACCAACCCGAACAAGCUUCUGCUGACCAACUUCGACUGCUCGGCCAUGUGGGUGAAAGAUGUUAAAUCGCUCACGACGGCGCUGGCCGUGGAUCCGCUCUACCUACAGCACGAUCACAGCAGCGCGAUCGACUACCGGCAUUAUGGAAUUCCGCUCAGUCGCCGCUUCCGAGCGUUGAAGCUUUGGUUCGUGUUCCGCUCGUACGGUAUCGUUGGGCUGCAGAAAUACAUCCGCAAUCACAUCGCGCUGGCCAAACGAUUUGAGACGCUGGUGAACUCCGACGAGCGUUUCGAGGUUCGCAACGAUGUCAACCUGGGGUUGGUCUGUUUUAGACUCAAACAACAGGAUCGCAUCAAUCGGGAUCUGCUAGCGAGGAUCAAUCAGUCGGGCAAAUUCCACAUGACCCCUGCAAUGGUCCGGGGUAAAUACAUCAUCCGGUUUUGUGUCACAUACGAGCACGCCACAGAAGAACAUAUAGAUUACGCCUGGGAGGAAAUUAAAAACUACGCCGAGGAAACGCUGGCUGCCGAGUGUCCGGAAGAAAUCAUGGAGCCCGUCGUCACGGCCGCCGCCAAAAAGCCACCGAAGAAGCUCACCCGCAGUAUGUCCACCCGGUUUUCCUUCACGCGCAGCGUUUCGAGGGAAAUUUUCGAACGACAAAACAGCCGUUCCCAACUUACAGACGGAUGCACACCGAUCGUCAUCGUCGACACGGAUGACAUCCUGGAGAGCUUACAGCGCGCCUCGCGGAUGAACGGGGAGCGAAAUUCAAACGACACAUACGACAGCGACAGCACGGACGAGGCCAGCAAUUGACUAAGCCGGGCCAACUCUUGCAUUUCCCGAUCGCCCCCUCUCUUGGUCUCCAGCCCGGACGAAACGGACCCCACGGAGAGUGCGAUGGAGCCCUCGACUGAAGCAGCCCGAUGCAACCCGGUGCAGAACGGUUGCAGUCAUCCGCCAUAUCUCCACGAACGGCAGGACUCACGACCGGCCACCAAGUCGAAGAGUUGUUCGAACAUUCAGCAGUUGUGAUACGCCCGACCGUUAUCGCCGUCAGUUAUCGUGUACAGCCAAGGCCGAGAGCACGAGACGCGCUACUUUUAGGAAAGCAUUUAUCAUCGAUCCGCAUCUAUUGGACGUGGUACCGAGGUGGUCGUACCGACUGAAAAAAGUAUUAUUUAUUUGUGUAUUAUCGCGUAGCCAGAAAAGAGCACUAUACUAUAAGGCCUCUCCACCAGAAGGAUUAGUUUGUAAGUUGUUUCCCUUUCAUACCAUGACGAAACUUAUGUAACUGUGGCGUUCACCCAAAAUGCAGCGCCGUUUAAAAUAGGAGUAUAAGAAUUGUGUGUACUUAUGUGCGCUAAAGUAACUGAAAUAAAUG